GGAAUUUGUGCUGAUGCAUAUGUCUAACUAUUAACAAGUGCGGCAAACAACAUAAUAUGGAAUCUCAAUAAAGGAAGUAAAGUAAGUUUUCCACCAACAUCUCGCAGAAAGAACUUGCUGGAAUUCGGGAAAGUUAUUGUAUCUUUAGUCAUAACAAAUGCAUGAAUAGUACCUACAAACAGGUAAUAUACAAAUUAUUGAGAUGAACACGACGUUACCCGUUCACAACCACCGGUCAGAGUAUCAAGAGUUUCUGCUAGUUAAACGCCACCUGAAAGUUCUAAAUUAACCGAGUGGUUAACAGAAUCUGAAAUAGAAGUGCAAUCGAAAUCACUACAGCUGUUUCUUAGUAAAGAACGCACACCUCACUGAUGAAUUCGACAAAAUGCUGAAGCAACAGUAAAAACAGGAAAAAUAAACAUCGUGAUAUAGCAACUAGACGGAUAAGUCGUGAUCAAUAUUUUAACAAAACAGAAAAGCAAACAAACACGCUUGCAUGCGCUUCCAUUAAACCGAUGUAUCAGAAAUUUGAAGCCAGCCCCAAAAUAUGAGCUCUUACUGAUUUUUGGACUGCGAUCAAACUAUUGACGUAAGGAAUUAUCAAGAAAUUGACUGUGAGCAACCAAAUUUCUGUGAAUCUACCGUUCCUAACAGUCCGUGUAUUUAGCGCAGAAACUAUCAUAAUUAAACAACGCUAUAGUUAACUGCUUGUCAAAAGCUUCUAAGUUUCCAGACGUCUCGAAGGUUUCAUUGUUACGAGCGAAUGGUUGCGAAUGUUGCAAUGAAUACCUCCCUUGAUGACCACGGAAGAAAGGUCAUCAUUGAAUUUUGCCAUCUUCUCGAGAAAUCGAAACAGUUGUUUAAUGGUUUAAGAGAGCUUCCUCAAUACGGGCACAAACAGUGGCACUCUCAUUUUGGGCGAACAUUCGACGUGUAUACAAAACUUUGGAAGUUUCAACAACAGCACCGCGCUAUUCUUGACAGCAAAUAUGGUCUCAAACGGUGGCAAAUUGGGGAGAUUGCUUCGAAGAUUGGUCAACUUUACUAUCACUUCUACCUUAGAACGAGUGAGACCGCGUACCUGAAUGAGGCGUUUUCAUUUUACUACGCCAUAAGAGGACGGUGCUACUAUACAAAAGCGUGCAAGGAAGAUAAAUGUGAAUUAAUGGUCAAAAAAUUAAGAUAUUAUGCAAGGUUUAUUGUAGUAUGUUUGCUUCUCAAGAAAAUUAAAUUAGUACGAGAGUUAAUUAAGGAGUUAGAUAGACAAAUUAUUGAAUAUGGGAACACGUAUGACCCAGAUGACCAAAUGGAGUGGACGGUUGUCGUAGAUGAGGUAAAAGCUUUUAUUCAAGCGGAACCGGUCAUAACGGUUAUACACCCUGAUAACCAUCCCGUGAUCCUUUCCCACAGGCUUAGCAGUCUGACUACCCCGCCCGUAGAAAGGUCGCCUCAAAUGACACUGUCUCUUCAGGAAGUUUUGAUAAUAGGAAGUAGUUCACUGCAAGCCAAGUUUUCUGAACUAACCAUAGAUAUGUUCCGAAUGCUUCAAACGCUGGAGAGGGAACCGUCGGGGGAGCCCCAACACAUGUACGACGACUCGCCGAGGCAACGAUUCAUUUCGAAUCCUACAGUGCCUACAAGUAAAGGAUACAAUUUGGAGAAUGGCCCACGACGUGACAGCCCUCAUAAGUUUCUACUAUUCAAACCCUCGCCGAGCCAAGUGCUAGUAUACCUGGCUAGUGGCUGCAACGACCUCCCACCCAGCGGCGCUCUGCUGUUGUAUAUCUCUGCAGAUGGGCAGAUAGUCCCAGCCUCGAAGCACCCUGAAGAUAUGGGGUACGAUGUCGGCGGGCUCAUAACGACAUCUCGCAGUGACAUUCACAGGGACAGUGUGAAGGAUCCAAAAAGCGCGGCAGCCGGCAGCUCAGCUCCCAAGUACAAGGAGCAGCAGUGUUUACACCCUGGAGACCUGUACCCCUUCACGCGAAGGCCACUGUUCAUCAUCAUUGAUUCGGACAACUCCUGCGUGUUCCAACAUAUACCGCGUCAUUUUGGACAACCUCUUGUUAUCUUAAUGUCGCCUUUAGAUGUCCCACAACCUUUCCAAGAAAAUAAACAGCAAGGCAACCUAUUCACCAUUUUCCUAACAACGCCGUUGACGGCCUUUGCUUACAUUUGUGACAUACACAACAUGUCCUUAAACCACUGGGAUCGAGCUCAGGGUUACGUUGACACCUUCAUGGCUGAAGCAUCACAGAUUGUGACCAGAAGUCGCAUCGAUAUAAUGUACAUAAUGUUCAUGGGAGAUGACUACCUGAGGCUGCUGCUGCUCCGUUUCGUGUUCUGCGAAGUGACGCUGCGACUGCACCGGGCCUUCCGGUCCCGCACUCAGCUCACACGCGCGUCGCCGCCGCUGCCCGAGGAAAUACUCGACCACCCCACGCUGGUGCACAUUGUGCUAGACCUGGCUAUGAAUUUACAGGCUCGCGGCCAUUUCCACGACCCCGUGAGCGCGGGGCCGUCGCAGGGCAAGGAUUGAUCCAGGGUAUCUUCCGUUACAUUUGCCAAGCAGUGAACGUUUCCUACACUUGCCUAUUCUUCCCUUCAUACAAAUUAGACAUAAUUAUCCAUUAUUAAACAUGUACCGCACUUUAUAUAUAUGCCAAGGCUUUUGCAAGUCAUGACGCGUUAAAUUAAUUCAAAUAUCUAUGAAAACGAUUAAGGUUCCUUACGUAUCUUUAUCAAGAUUACCACAUUCUAGUAAUAAGAGAAAAUACCUCAAAAUGUUUACCACAGCUAAGAAAAUUAUUCAAAGAUAUAUAUCUAUUUAGAUUUAUAUCUAUAUAUAAAUAGGUAAGCUUUAAAUAUUGUUACAGAUCGCAUUGCGUAAUUUUGCCGGAUAUUGCAAAAUUUAUAAUAAAACCAUAAUAGUUGAUAGUUUUAACUAUAUUGAAUGCCUAGAACGGUAAUUUUUCGAAAUUGUCAAUAUGGAGCGAUUGUAAUGUUGACUUUUGAAACCUUUUCCUGCUGUGAGGUAAGAAUUUGCUCAACGGAAUUGAUUUGUUAUGUAUAUAAAUAAAUUAUAAUUUUAGCUUAAGUAUAUUAAACUAGUAUUGUCUCAACAACAAUAUGAAGAUUAUAAUAUUAUCAUUACAAUGAGAUAAUGUUAUUAAAAUAAUUGAAUGCAAAUGGAAGUCAUACUUAGAAGGAAAUGAUAGUUCAUGACUUAAGUAAGCAUUUUCAAGGUGAAAAGUUAAUCAAGAGAUGUUCUCACUUUUUCUUAUAUGUUACCUAUACAUAUACAAUGACUGCUGCGAGGAAAUAUAAGGCACACUGAGAGAAAAUACAACCAGUUUUCAUGUUCGUUCAACAAGUUUUUUGGUUAAAAUAGCGCCUACGUGCU